CCAGCUUUCAGUCAAGGCUGUGUGAGUCAGUUUCAGUGGUCGAGUUGUGAUCGGCAGGAAAGCGUCACUUGCGAUCGAGAGCUGCUGGAGACUGCAAAGGGACAGACGGAGGAAAAUGAACUUUACCGGGAUUUCGACAAGCUGAAGGAAACAAGCCACAGGAAAGAGCAAAUCUAGAGAACCCAACACCGGCCUCCCAACAUUAAUGAAGAAGAUUCCCAGUGAUGGAGACUGGGGUUCCUGAGGCAGGAGAGAGAGAGUCUCGGGGAACAGCGGAGGUAGACGUGGAAAAUGGGUAUUCAGUGAUGAUCUGGAGCCUGGAGGAGGCAAAUGAGAAGCAGACGUCUCAGAUCGGUGCCUCUGCAUGCGGCGCCACGGCCGUGAUCGACGUGCUUCAGGCUCUGGGCUUCAACGUGGCGGCCGAGGUCGUUGACCGCUUUGUCGGGACCAACCUGCGCAAGAACGAAGCCCUCCUGCCAGAAUACCUGCUGUCCAGGAGUGUGGCAGGGGCCACGGCCGCUCAGCUGGUGGCCGGUGUGGAGAAGCUCAGCGGGGGUGUGGUGGUGGGCAGGUUCUUCUGCCUGUAUCCGGAGCGGCAGGUGGACCUGUGCAGGUGGCUGGGCCAGUGGAUCCGGAAGGGGGCGGUGCCCGUGGCCACCAUGAACAUGCAGGUGGGCGUGCCCCCGGGAGAGGAGAUUCCCGACGCCUGGCACCACCAGAUGGUGUUUGGGGUGGCGCCAGACACCAUCUACAUGACCAACCCUCUUGAAGCGGAGAAGGCCAGCUUGGUGAUGCAGCGGCUGUGCAGUGACUCUGUGCUGCUGGUCCGGAGGGAGGACGUUCUGAUGAGGCUGUCCGACGACACCAAGCUGUCCGCGCUGUCCCAAGUGCAGGACGACCCCCGCUGGGACCAGCUGGACGUGGCAGGCCAGGUGGGUCAGAUGAUAUAUGAGGAGAUCACACCCGAUGAAGGCGCUGCCACCACCCACGUGGUGAUCCCAGCAGUGUAUAAAUCAGGGAUCACUCUGUUUGCAGUGAAGGACAGUGAGCUGGGACAGGAGCUGCUGAGUGCUGCGGACCUGCCACUGCUGCACCCCCCUCACUGAACACCCCCCCCCCCCCCGCCACUCAUCAGCCAGAGCGCUAUCGACACAUACAGGGAUGAUUACAGGCAUUGCAAGCACAGCUCACAAAGGGCUCCAUCACCAGGGCUGUUUGGAUUGUCAGCAUGGGGUUUGCUCUUUCGUUUGAUGUAGUUGAAAGCGUAUUAUUCAUAAUAAAAUCUCUAAAGCCCCUUUCACACUGGCACACACUCCUCCCUGGGUCUGGCUGAUCUAAAAUCCAAUUCCAGUCACACCUUUAACAAUCGUUCUGGUCCUCUAAUAGUGGCGGGGAUUUUAACAUUAUGCAAGUAUAUAGGGGCACUCAGCGGCCCUUCUGACCAAGGUGGUCUUCAAUGCUGGUAUUGCAUUGUUCGGCCAGGAGGUGGCGCAAUUGCAUUGAAGAAAAAAAAAUGGAAAGAUUUUUUGUAAUGUUUUUAUUAUUGUUUAAACUAAUGAAAUCCAGUAUGCUGUAAAGAUUCUUUUUAUUUUUCAGCAAAGUUUCUUUCAGUGUACUGCAUGCAUUUAUUUGGUGUUUUUAAAGACACAAUGUGUAUAAAUACAGUUUUGAAAUAAAAAAUCAAUAUGAUUUUAGUAGCUGGAACAUGAUUUAAUUUCUGAUGAGGAUUCAGUGGCUCUUGUUUUAGGAUUUUGUAUUCCAGGCUGCAGUACUUUGCACCAUUCUUUAUAGUUACAAAACAACUAAGACACACAUCUGAAUCUUUAAAUCCUUAAAUCUUUUAAGAUCUUUAAAUCAAGCUCUCCUCUCACACACUGCUGGCUGUCUGAGCCCAGCUCAGAGCUCGUGACUCAUCUCUCUCAUGGCUUGUCUGUCCUGGUGGGCUUGUCUCUCCCGGGACUCAUGCACAGAAUGUAAAGUUUACAAGCUUUGUAAACCUUAUAAAUCUAGUUUACAAAGGUUUACACACGUUGCAAACCUACAGACUUUAUGUUUAUGAGAGGCUAACAAAUGGGUAAGUAAGCCUGUUCUUGGAAAGCCUGGACCUGAACCCUAAACCCUAUUCUGACAGGAAACGUGUAUCCCAGUGUUCAGGUAAUCCAAGAUCAGAGCUCAAUCCAGCUUCAGUAUCUCAAGGGGCAGUUCAGAAACAGACCAGCAGAUGGCAAUGCUUUUAUUUAUAUAUAUAAAACCAGCUAACAUCAAGAGGCAGGGUGUUUCAUCCACAGCGGGCAUAAUAACAGCCUGCGCUGGUUCCUUCCUCCAGCAGUGGAAAUCAUGACUGCUUAUUGGUCUGUAAGUGCUCAGAAGCGCAGGUACCAUAUUGGCCUGACAGGGAGAUAAUCUGUCAGAACACCGCAAAGCAGCCCAGAAUACCUCAGAGAACAGAAUCACAGAUCUUCCUCUGUGAAGCGAGGUGGGGUGAUAGCAUCUCUCUCCAAAUCCACCCCUAGCCCUGCCGUGACCCUGCCUCAAGCAGAGAACGGGGCUCCGAGUCCAAAUCCAGCAGCUGCAUCCCCCAGCAGGGAGCAAUCCUCCGACACAGACACACCUGGGGAUGCCCACCAAGGUUUUUUUUUAUUAUUCGGUACAGUAAUACACUGCAAGACUGUAAAAACCUUGUACUGAGUCACGCUAUCACAGCCCCCCAUAUACUAGGACCCUCAAACCCACCAGGAGCUAAAGUGCAGUGAAGGCUGCUGCACACCAGCUGUUACACUGCAUACAAUACAGAGCACGAGAAGCGAGCUACAGCACACAGCAAGGAAGCGUGAUUUGUGCCAGUAAGCACAGGUGGUGCAAAGAUCCCUUUUAGGUGAUAGAUGCGAAGCAGCUUCAUUGAUAUUGAAAUGCGAUGCAGAGCGUGACUCUGCCCUCCAUUGUUCUGGGGCUGCUGCAUGUUUUUUAGAGCAAUCGUGACCCAAGUUUUGCACACUUGAAAUUUUGCCAUGGUAACCACCUGAGUCUAUUGUCUUUGAUGCAUUUUUACAGAGGCACCAGGUUUGGAAAACUUAG